GAAAUCACAUCAAGACGUGUGACGCGUCGGACGGUCCAACGUAGAAAGGAUAGUGAUGAACUUCAAAAGUCUAUGAAUCAGGACGAGAUGUCCGAGAAUCGAAUGCGGUUUGGAACACGAGUCGCUGAAGGGCAUCGCAACUACAUACUCAUGUAUGAUAUGCUGACAGGUAUUCGAAUUGCGGUUGGGCGAGUUUCUGCAAAAUUGAAAAGGGAAAUUAUCCAAGAAGAUUUUAAGGCUGCUCAUAAGCUAGUAUUUGAUGUAACGGGAAAUGAACUGACCCCAGGCGUGAAAUAUGAUUUCAAGUUCAAAGAUUAUGCACCUUGGGUGUUUCGAAAUAUACGUGAAAGAUUCCAUGUUGAUGCUGGUGAUUAUCUAAUGUCUCUUACAAGUAAAUACAUUCUAUCUGAAUUGGGGUCGCCAGGAAAGAGUGGUAGCUUCUUUUACUAUUCCCGCGAUUAUCGUUUUAUCAUCAAGACCAUCAAUGUUACAGAGCAUAAAUUUAUGCGCAGAAUUCUCAAGGACUAUUACAAACACAUCUGUCAAAACCCAAACACCUUAUUGUGUCGUUUAUAUGGUCUUCAUCGAAUAAAACUACCUCACGAUAGAAAGAUUCAUUUUGUAGUGAUGGAAAACAUAUUCCCGUCAAAUCUAGAUGUCCAUCAGAUAUUUGAUCUCAAAGGGUCGUUGUUUGGGCGAUGGACACCUAAUGAAGAAGUAGCAAAGAAUCCUCAUGCUGUCAUGAAAGAUCAAAAUUGGAUUGAGCAUAAUUGUCGACUACAGCUUGGCCCAGAGAAACGGACGGCAUUUUUAACACAGCUUGAACAUGAUGUUACGUUUCUAAAGAAGCUGAACAUUAUGGACUAUAGUCUUUUGAUAGGUGUGCAUGAUCUUAAAAGAGGUAAUUCAGAGGGCAUUCGAGAUAAUCAGCUACAGAUUGUUAAGCCUCUUGAACCUCAAAAGGUAUCAAUUCGUCGUGAUAAGGCCGCUGUUGUCAGACAAGCUUUGAAGAAAGCUAAUCCAAAGCAAUUGGAUCCUUCUGAGCUGCCUGAAACCCCUUCAAAAAAGCAAUCACAAUGCGUCUUUUACGCAGACAACGGUGGCUAUUGCUCGAGUGACAAGGAUGAUCGUGAUUUGGAUAUUCUGUACUUUAUCGGGAUCAUUGACAUCCUAACACCAUACAAUAUUGUCAAGAAGACGGAACAUAUUUGGAAAAGCAUGACUCAAAACAAGGCAACAAUAUCAUCUGUCCCACCAACAACAUAUGGUGAAAGAUUUUCAGAGUUCAUUCGC